AAUUUGGAAACCUAUUCCGAACCGGACUAGGAGAAAGCAAGUUGAUCUAUAUAUAUGCAAGGUCGCGUCGAGUCUUUCACUCAAACAAAUUUCAGUCAAUCACUCUCGAUUUGUCCUACCUUUUCUAUUUCUUUAGCCAUGGCUCUGCGAAAUACUGCUGCACUAAUUUUCUUCGUGAUGAUGGUGCUUUCUGGUGUUUGUUUAGGUGAUGUUUAUAGAGUUGGCGAUUCUGAUGGGUGGACAUCUCGAGGUCUCGUUGAUUACAACAAGUGGGCUUCAACAAAAGAGUUUCAUGUCGGCGAUACUCUUAUAUUCGCUUACAAUAGUCAAUACCACAACUUGAUGCAAGUUACCAAGCAAGAUUUUGAAUCUUGCAAUACUACCGCUGCGAUCACAGUUUAUACCUCUGGUUCCGAUACCAUCACCCUUAGAAGGCCCGACCACUAUUACUUUCUUUGUGGUGCUCCAGGCCACUGUCAAGCGGGACAAAAGGUUGAUAUCAAGGUUACACUUCCUAUACCGCAGAGUUCGCUGGCAAGUCCUAACCCGGCACCUCAGGAAUCUUUGCCUUCAGAUUCUCAUCCAAACUCAAAUCCAAGCAGUGCCCCGACUAUUUAUUUUUCGAAGCUUGGGUUGGCCGUUACCACUCUUGUGCUAUGUCUUUUGAGUGUUGUAUUUUAGAGACAUUUUGUUGUUCUUUUAUUUUUUAUAACGAAGAUUGCUUUGUUGUUUAUGAUUUGGGUGGAUAAACAUUGUAAAUUUUUUUUUUUU